UUAAACUCACUUACAGAUGGAGAGACCCAGCCGCUUAGUUCACAGUCUAGUCAAACCGACGAGACAGCAGCAUAACCCAAAGCGCCGCUAUACUUUGCCAAGGCAUAUGUUGAGAGCACAGGUUUUAGUGUAAUAAUAUAUCCAGGUGAGGUGAUCUGACGCACCGUUUUUCCACGCAUCUACCCCCGUGUGAGUGUGCGCGCUUUCAGCCCUUCGGCUCCAUGAAGAGACUGUGUGCGUUCUGCCUGACCGCGCUGCUCGCAGCUUUCGUCCGGCUGGCUGAAAGCGUCAGCCCAGUGGUCCGCUGCGAACCAUGCGACGACGGGGCGAUGGUGCUGUGUAAACCGCUGCCCCGGGACUGCGCCGAGCCGGUAAAGGAGCCGGGCUGCGGGUGCUGCAUGACUUGCCCGCUAACCGAGGGCCAGGCGUGCGGAGUGUACACAGGGCGCUGCGGUACCGGGCUAAGCUGUCAACAUCGCCCCGGGGAGAGCAAACCUCUGCAGGCUCUGCUGGAGGGACGAGGCGUGUGUGCCAAGGCACCGGACAAAAAGCACAGCGGCAGUCCAUCGCACGGACACGAUAACCCAGAGGAGGAAGGAGAGGAACAUAUCUCUAAUGGUACCAGGACAGCAAGCACCGGGGGAGCUGAAACAGUCCAGGACACAACAAUUGUUUCCGGGGACACGCAGGGAGGACCAAGGACUGCAAUAGAGCCCAUAGAUCCUAUGCCGCACCCCAAAGAGGAGGUGAUCAAAAAAGAUCAAAUCAAGAAAAGUCAUAUCUUUAAAGGAGAACAAGUUUCCAGUGGGGUUCAUACAGAUAUUCACAACUUCAGUCUGGAGUCGAAGAGAGAAACUGAAUAUGGCCCAUGCCGUCGGGAGAUGGAGAGUGUUAUGAAGAUUUUAAAGAUCUCAAAUGUGCUGAACCCAAGAGGCUUCCGCAUUCCAAACUGUGACCAAAAAGGUUUCUACAAGAAAAAACAGUGCCGUCCAUCCAAAGGGCGCAGGAGAGGUUACUGCUGGUGCGUGGACAAGUACGGACAGCCCAUACCCGGCUACGAUGGAAAGGAGAAAAUCCACUGUUUGAACAUGGAGACGAAGUGAAGGGGAGAGAGAGGCAGAGCGGUGGAAACAGGGAGACAAAGAGGGAUAUCUCCCCUGAAGAACUACAUGAAUACAAAUUCAAAAGUGCUGUCCCAAAGCUGACCUCCCACUUGUAUGCCGAGGCAUGGACUCACGUGACCAGCAACUCACUUUACACUUCAGGCGAGUGGGGAGAACAAGAGAAGGAGACGGAGAGAGUGUCAUGUCUUCAGUUUUGGACUGUAUCCUGAGAGGGAAGUGUGAACAUAGUCAAAAGUACAAGCAAAAUUUAACUCCGUAACGGCACGCUAAGUCUGAGCAUAUGUACUCUUGUGUACGUGAGGGACGUCGUGUACUUGUUCCUUCUGCUACAGCGUGUAUCGCUCUCUGCCAGCGGCUCUCUCUUAGUCCCACUUCCUGUUUCUGCCCUCCUGGUGUAGGGUCGUUUCAACUGGGCAUGCUCAGUGGCACUAGGCGGCUCUAGCCAUAGACUCCAUCUGAAGCACAAGCACUUCAAGCACUUUGGUACUCCAGCCUGUUACGACGGCCAACCGAUAGAUAAAACCAAUCGACCAAUUGUAAACGAUUCUAUACCAGGACUUAGAUGAACACCCUUUUUGAAAAAGACAUCAGGACAGCAUUGAUACGCUCCACGUGGGCUCACUUUCAAAACAUCAUGAAGCACUUUGAAUAUAAGAUUGUUGCUCCAGUCGCUGACUAUCAUUGUCCAUCACAUUUCUAAACGUUUGCUGAAAGCAUGUAUCUUGCGCAACGUCUUAUUUAUGGGUUUGAAUGUAACGGUGCCCUGAAUUACCGCUGCGAAAUCAGCGUAGCUACGGCAGUUUGUGAAAUCGAUGCCUUAACGAAACCCGUGCGGAAAUGUGUCGCAGGUUUUUUCGCCCUCUGUCUCUCAAAAUAUCAAUAUCGAUCGCCCCAGUAGGAAAGCUACAGGCUAACACGGUGGCCAUGUUGGAUAACCAGGGCUUGUGUUGUUGUGUCUCAAAACUGACCUCCUGAGAAAAGACUUGAAAGGUGGAGGGUGCCAGAGAGGUAGCCCACACGUUAGCUUAUUAGCAUAGCGUCGACAAAAGCUCACCCCUUUCCCAAACAGCUAAAGAAAAGACAAACAAAAAUGUUUGGUGCUACACCUUAUCUGACUUGAUUAUGGGGAAAGAGCAUACGAGUAUGCUAAGCUAUUAGCCCUUGUAAUUGUGACUUUUUUUAUAUGAAUAUAUAUUUUGUUUCAGGCCAGCUAAAGAGGCAUGUGAACUUUAUGCUAAACAGAUUAUUUAUCCAAGAAAGAAAUAUAAGCUGAUCCAAACUAUGUCUUUGAGAACAAUUCAGUGACCCGUCGAUUGCACAGUAGUGAAACAUAGAACUCAGCAUAUUUUUGGGAAUAUAAUCACUAAAGUCUUUUGUUUUUUUUUGUUUCUUUUUUUUUGUUUUAGAUUUGUUGUUUAUCUACAGUGCGGAGUACAAUGUGUCUUUUGUUAGCUUAGCAAAGAUGCUGUCCUCGAAUCGUUUUGUGUAAAACUCUCUAGUUUAAAUCUUCAGGUUAUGUAGGCCUUCUACGGUAUGAAUUAAGCUAAAUCUAAGCUUAACUUUAGCUAACCUAAGCUAAACUAAGCUAAAGUAAAGUGAACGCUAAUAUUAAGUCGAGGCCAAGCUUGCGUUUUAAAGAACAUCAAGGUCAAUCUUCAAGCUAGUUGAUCUUCAAGAAAGCUUGCCACCCUCAUUCUGUGCAAUGCAAGGGUCUCUCACCCGCAAGUCACUUUUAAAGAUCCCUCCGUUCACGGGUAAUUGCUUUUUUGAUUUAUUGUUUUGUUUUCAUUUAAAAUUUUGAUUCUUUAAAAAGCUUUUUAUGUUACUAAACUAGAAAUUAUACAGCUAUCACUUUCUUCAAGAAAGGAAAUGUUUUUGUUCAAAUAUAAUUUGUAUUUAAUGCCUUGUUUUUUUAAAUAAAAAUGUAAACACUA